AAGGCAGGACUCCACACAAAAUCGUCUGCGCUCAGACAGACACACACCAAUCACAAGUUCCAGCCCGCAUCACAUGGAGAGGAGACUUUUCUACAGAUCAGAGCUGAGCUGGACACUGACGGAGUUUGGGAUGAAGCAGUGAAACAGAAGGAGAGCCUUUGUGGAUUAAUUUAUCUCUUCGUUUUGGCCGUCGGACACUUUUUACGCUUCAAGGACUUGUUCGGCUGCGAUGUUUCAGGAUCCAACAGCAGUGUUCUUCAUCCCUGCUGUGGUGCCGUGUUUGGUCUGAGAACGAAGCUGAACCAAAGGAUCCCAGGUGCCGGGCCUGAGGGCCGCUGGACUGAGAAGGCAUGCUUGCUGCCAUGCUGCGGCAGAGUACCGGUGGUGGAUCAGGAGGAGGAGGCAGCGGUGGUGGUGGAGGAGGUGGUGGAGGUAGUGGAACCAAGUUGUCUCUAGGCAUCUCCCGACUCUCCAGCUCCAGCAUGGGAUCGUCCGGCUCCUCCAGGGUCUCUAAAAGCGGCUUGGUGACCUCGGACAACCCAGACGUCCCCACCUCAGACCCGCACUACAUCAUGCAGUUGGUCAGCGAUGUGCGCAAGUUUGCUGAUGUGCUUCUGCAGCUCAAAGAAGUGUUCAACUCCAAAGAGCACCAGGACUGCCUCCAUCAGGCGGUCCACGAGCGGCUCGGUGAGCUGCUCCGAGUCCUGAAGGCCAUUAUCAGCAAACACCAGAGCCUCAACUCGGUGGACAUCCUCAGUACGGCUGGAACCGUCAUCGCCUCGGUCAAAGGAGUGAACUUUAAGGAGGUGAACGAAGAGAACAAACAGAAGCUUUUCGGGGAGAUCUACACCGCUAUCGACACAUUGGCGUUCACUUUUGGCAAUGUAGUGUCUGACUUCCUUAUGGGAGAUGUAGAGAAUGGAUCAGUGUUGGGGCUCCCCCUGACUAAGAGAAGCAGGUCUUUUGAGAACCUCUCUGUGGAAUCUGGAGGAUCCGGUCCUGAGAAAGAUGAUCCGCCAGGGCCGUCUCCACCGGUUCGGGCCGAAGAGGUGGACCGGACGCUGCAGCGGCAGGACAGCGGAGUGGAGUCAGCGCUGCUCUACGCCAAAGCAUGGUCCAAGUACACCAAAGAGCUGCUGGCGUGGGUGGAGAAGCGCAUCAGCAUGGACAUCGAGUGUGCAAAGAGUUACACCAAAAUGGCUGAAACUGCCAAGACGCUUGCAAGUCAGCAGGAAUUCAUGCCUUUCUGUGAGAUCUACACGACAGCUUUCAAAAAUGACAUUGAAUACAGCCACCUGGUACUUCACACUGCAGCAGUACUCCAAAGCAACAAAUUCAUACAGCCUCUCCUGGCCAGAAAAAAUGAGCUGGACAAACUACGAAAAGAGGUGAAGGAGCAGUGGCAGAGAGAGCAAAAGAAAAUGCACGAAGCAGACAGCGCUCUGAGGAAGGCUCGGCUGCUGCAGACCCAGCGGCAGGAGGAAUAUGAGAAGGCCAAGGUGUCCACCAGCCGACUGGAGGAGGAGCAGGCCGGAGGAGGAGCAGCAGCAGCCAAGCAGCUGGAGAAGAGGCGGAGGCUGGAGGAGGAGGCCCUGCAGAAGGCCGAGGAGGCCAGGGAGCACUGCAAAGCCUGUCAGGUUGACGUUGGGGUGAAGAGAAUCGAUCUGGCCAACACCAAGAGCGAGAUCAUCACCCAGAUCCGAGAGAUGGUCUCCCAGUGCGACCUCACCCUCAAGGCUGUGACUGUCAACUGGUUUCAGCUGCAGCAGGCCCAGGUUGUAUCUCUGCCCGUCAACCACCAGAGUCUGUGUGAAAACGCCAAGCAGUACGAGCCUGGACAGCGCUACAUCGACUAUGUCCGGAGUUUGCCCACCGACGUGCCUCGCCUGGAGUCUCAUUCGUUUGAUACCGCUGCCACGCAAAACACAGGGAUGCCUCUCAACAAGCGCUCGCUGACUGGCAGCCACUCCUCCCACAGUAACCUGUCGCAGGCGUCUGUGACCUCUGACCUCCUGGGUGGAGACGACGUGGACGGUCCCAUUAAUGCGCAGCACGCCAAGAUUGCAGAAAGACGCUCCAAUGGCAGCACCGACGGUCAAGCUCUUCGGAUUCAGGGUCCGUUUCGCCCCUGGACCUCGGCCAAUCAGGGUGGAGGGAUGUGCAGCGACUCGGAAAGUGCUGGAGGGAGCAGUGAGUCCCGAUCCAUGGACUCACCCACUGCAAGCCCAGGGGACUUCAAGAGGAGAUUACCCAGAACCCCCUCCACCGGCACCAUGUCGUCUGCUGAUGACCUGGAUGAGAGAGAGCCUCCCUCCCCCUCUGAUAACGGUUUAAGUGAGAUGAUAAUAGAGACCGCCAGCUCCCCAGGACCCUUUAGAAACACCCAGAUGUCCAAAGCAGCCCAAACCCACAAGCUGAGGAAGCUUCGAGCGCCUUCCAAGUGCCGCGAGUGCGACAGUCUGGUGGUGUUUCACGGAGCAGAGUGCGAGGAGUGUUCGCUGGCCUGUCAUAAGAAGUGUCUGGAAACCCUGGCCAUCCAGUGCGGCCAUAAAAAGCUCCAAGGGAGGCUUCAUCUCUUCGGCAUUGACUUCAUACAGGCGGCUAAGAACAGUCCGGAUGGCAUCCCCUUCAUCAUCCGGAAGUGUACAUCAGAAAUUGAGAACAGAGCGCUCAACAUCAAGGGUAUCUACCGGGUGAACGGUGCCAAGUCUCGGGUGGAGAAGUUGUGCCAGGCUUUUGAGAAUGGCAAGGACCUGGUGGAGCUCUCUGAACUGUAUCCUCACGACAUCAGCAACGUCCUCAAACUCUACCUGCGACAGCUUCCAGAGCCGCUCAUCCUGUUCCGCUACUACAACGACUUCAUCGGUUUGGCUAAGGAGAGCCAGAGUAUCAUAGUGGAGGAGCUAGAAGCGUUGCGGCUUAGUCCCACCCCUGUGAACCCGGCCCAGGUCAGCGUGGAGCUCAACCGAGUCUUGUUCAAGAUCAAGGAUCUGCUGAGACACCUGCCCCCAGCUCAUCACAAGACACUGCAGUUCCUCAUCGAGCAUCUCCACAGGGUGACGGAGCAAUCAGAGGAGAACAAGAUGACAGCCAGCAAUCUGGGCAUCAUCUUCGGCCCGACGCUCAUCAAGCCGAGGCAGGCGGAUGCAGAAGUCUCCCUGUCCUCUCUGGUAGAUUACCCCUAUCAGGCACUCAUUGUGGAGCUGCUGAUCCGACACUACCAGAUGAUCUUUGACACCCCCCUCAGUCCUCUAAGCGGUAACUCGCCCACAGAGGCUGAUGCACAUUCGCGCCCCGAUACCCGCUUCACCCACCAGGAGAAGGAGCAGCGGCUGAGCAGGCACUCCAAGUCGCUGGGAGACAUUAAAGAGCAGAGCUCUAAGGUGUUCAAGAGACAUUCUUCCAUUAUUCCUUCUUCGCACUUAUUGACUGAGGUUGAGGAGGCGAUGCCGAGUCUCGAUGGAAGUGACUUUGAACCUGCUGAUGAAAUGGAUUCAGAGACCUUCAAUGGAGUUUUGUCAUCAAGUGUCCCUGACGUCCCCAAAACCGGUGAGCGAGGCCUCAGUCGCUCUCAUCACAUCACAGUCACCAGGGUCCAGCUUCGACACCCACGCAGCAAACUCUCCUCCCGGCCGGCCAGCUUGCCGGCCGAUCGGAUCCUCAGCCGAGGCCAAAUAGACGAUCACAACACCCGGAACAGCGAUGAGCAAGACGACAGGAGAGCGGGCAGCUGUGACCAGUCCAUCGAAGAGGUGGACGAGACUGAAAAUACAAAAUUGCGAGCUGGCACGCAUUACCGGAGUACAUUUAUCGACACCCAGACGUUACGCAGAACUUGGGACAAACAGUACAAGCAUGAAGUUUCUUCUAGAACUGUCAGAAUCGUGGCCAGUUCGUCCACGGAGAGUCCAGCUGUGGACGCCAGCAACUUAUCAGUGUCUGUGCCGUCAGCCUUCUCUCUGGGAACUACAGGAAACACUAUUAGCACCCUCUACCCCAACAGACCUUACACAGUCGCAGUGCGACCCAGCAGGACUUUGAGAAGGGAGGACAAUGUCACCAAGUACAGCCCCAUUGCAACCGCUUUCAGGGCUCCCAGGACUCUCCAGCCUCCCCCAGGAACAUUCUACAAACCUCCGUCAGGGAGCAAAGCUAAGGCGCUGCAGAACUGUGUGUUAGCUAACAGCGCUGAGGAAGAGGAUGAGGAGGAGGAUGAUGACGAUGAGGAUGAGGAGGAGGAGGAGGAGGAGGAACUGGGGAUUGAGAUAGAGGUGUCUGUGGACGAGCCUCUUGAGGGGGACAUUGAGGAGGAGCAGGCUGCCAUCUCUCAGUCUCCCAGUUCAAGCCCUGAGGAACUGGGCCCAAACCAGGCCAAACCGGUGUACCAGAGACUAAGACCCAGACGCCUCCAAGAGGUAGAACACAGAGAGGCUCAUUUUGUUUAAUCCACUUUAGGUCAUGGUCUACCAGAGCUCAGUGAUCAAAUAAAGACAAUGUGUGCCAUAUGAUUUUAGAGGAACGCGAAGAAAACAUCCGCAAAGAAAAACAUAUGAUUGUGGGCACUGUGUGUAGAGUUAUCAUACCCAUUAUUGUACUUUCGGUCCUCAAAAGACAAACAGGAUGCACUUAAAAUGCUGUAUAUUUUUAACAUGAUCCACAGACCCUUCAUUUACCAAUCACUCGCUCAGUACACUCUGGCACCUGGUCAGAAUAUUUAUAAUUUUUUUUGAAACUGUGCAAUUACAUUUUUUUUGUUUGAAUAUUUUGUAUAAAGUUCUUAAAGGCUCAGUAUCUAUGUAUGUUUAUAUACCAAAAAAAGAAGAAGCUAUGUUUGAGAAGUUACAAAAGUGCAUAUAGCCACAACACUGAAAAGAUUUUGGUGCACUUAAAGGACAUCAAUACUCUUCCACAAAUCGUUGUCGGAGUCGUGUGUUUUACCUACUGUGAGUAAGAGUGUUUUAAACUGUUACGCGUAGGUUGUAAUUAAUCAUUUUGCUAAUAACCUGUGUAUAAAGCAAUAUAAUGAUGUUUGUUACAUGCAGUACUGGGUGUCUGUACUGGCAUUUGGUAAUGUUAUGAAGCACCAGUUGCAAAGGGUAAACUUCCACUUGUUUUUAUACUGUUGAACUUGGAUGGUGUCAACUUCUCUGAAAAGCUUUUAGAAAUGCCACUGGAUUCUGUCUUGGCAUUAUUAUUCUUGAUUUUAAUAUAACAUUGACAUUCUUAAUAGCCAAAGCUGUUUUUUGCAACCUAAUUAGUCCCAUCAGUAACUGAAAUCUUACAGGUUCUAUGUAAGUAUUAGGAAGUACAUCAUUUAUUUAAAUGGUAUCUGUUUCUCAUGGUAAUGUACAAGGUUGACAGAAUGUUGAAAAGUUCAGUGUAAGAAAGCAGGUACACGAAAACAAACACCCUUUUUGUAACUUAUUAAAAUAUAUCUUACAACUUUCA